UUGGACCUGCAUAAAUUUCUAGCCGGCCUACCACGACCCUCACUCUCUCUGUCUCUGUCGGUUUGUGUUUUGCUGCUGCACACCAUGGGGUUCUUGAGCUUUUCUUUGUUUGUUGUAUGGGCGCUUCAACUUGUUUCUGCACAAACAAUCACUGACCCUGCUGAAGUGGCUGCCCUCAACAAGAUGAUAGAUUACUGGAACUUAAGAAGCAAACUGAAUCUUACAAUUGACCCAUGUACUGAAAAUGCUCCAUGGGCAUCUGAGGAUGCAAAUCCACAUAUUAUAUGUGACUGCACCGCCAGUCCCUGUCACGUCACCCACCUAAAGAUCUAUGCUUUGGACAUUUUUGGAGAAAUACCAAGUGAACUGUUCGUACUAAGGAAGUUAAUGGACUUGAAUCUUGGUCAAAAUGUGUUAAAUGGACCCAUCCCAGCGGAAAUUGGAGAGUUAUCAGAAAUGCAGUACCUUAGCUUGGGCAUAAACAAUCUCACAGGUCAAGUGCCCGCAGAACUUGGCAAUCUCACCAAGCUGACGAGCCUAAGUUUUAGUUCAAAUAAUUUCUUUGGUCCAUUGCCCAAGGAGCUUGGGAAUUUGACAUCUUUACAGCAAUUGUAUAUUGACAGUAGUGGAGUGAGUGGACCAAUCCCAGAAGAAUUUGCAAAUUUGAAGUCCCUACAAAACCUAUGGGCAUCUGAUAAUAUAUUCACUGGAAAGCUUCCAGAAUUUUUUGGGACUCUUACAGAACUCAUUGACCUGCGACUUCAAGGAACAUUACUUGAAGGUCCAAUUCCAAGCAGCUUUGCUGCUCUCACAAAACUGACUGACCUGAGAAUCGGUGAUCUCAAUGGUGAAGAUUCUACUCUUGAUUUUCUAGAAAAUCUAAACAUUUUGUCUACUCUAUCUUUGAGAAACUGUCGAGUGUCAGGUCAAAUUCCUGAAGGACUUGCCAAAUUUGCUAGCUUGAAACUACUGGACUUGAGCUUCAAUAAGUUAACGGGUCGAAUACCCAACUCAUUUCAAGAUUUUGCUUCUUUAGAGUAUAUGUAUCUUGGAAACAACAACUUGAGCGGAGAGCUACCUGAGAAAAUCAUAAGUUCAAAACUCAUUGCAUUAGAUGUCUCAUACAAUCCCCUUUCGGGAAAUUUGGGCCAUAAUUCUGGCAAAGUAGGAUUAUCAGUGAAUGUUGUUGGAACUUCUACCAAUGCAAACAGUUUGCAAGAUCGGAAAACUUUUGGCUUGUUGCAGUGCCUCAAUGGCAAUACCAAGUGCAGCAACAAAUUUCAUUCCUCUUCAUUUUCUAUCAAGUCUGGGGGCACAGAAUUAACAUCAUCAUUUGGCAUUGAAUUUAAUGAUGAGUCUGAAACACUAAAAGCUGCAUCAUUUUACACAAGCUCUGAUUACAGAUGGGCAGUAAGCAACACCGGGAACUUCAUCUCAAACCCAAAUGGACCCCAGUAUAUAGCAAAGACAGAUUCUCAAAUCAUAGGAACUUUAGACUCUGAGCUGUAUAAGACAGCAAGAAUCUCACCAAGCUCACUGAGGUACUAUGGCCUUGGUCUGAAGAAUGGGAAAUACAGUGUUGAUCUUCACUUUGCAGAGAUAGUGAUGGAAGACUUGCAGUCUUGGAAAGGUCUUGGACGGCGCUUAUUUGAUGUUUACAUUCAGGGAGAGAGAGUUCUCCAAGACUUCAACAUUCAAAAGGAAGCAGGUGGAUCCAAGAGAGCCUUAAUAAAAACAUUCGAGACAAAUGUGACAAACACAAUCAUGGAAAUCCACUUCUUCUGGGCAGGGAAAGGCACUUGUUGCAUUCCACUUCAAGGCACAUACGGACCUUUAGUAUCAGCAAUCCAUGUUUCACAAGUCUCUACUAGUGUGGGUGAUUCAAACAGUGACAAAAAACGCGUAGGAAGACUGGUUGGAAUAGCAGUUGGAUGCGCAGCCGGGGUCGUGAUAAUCUCUUCCAUUUUCUACCUAUGGUGGGCAAAGGAGUCUUCAGGACACAAGAAAGUUUUCACAGACUCACCAAAGCAUAAUUUGGUAAGUUGAGGAAGCCACAUUCUGUGUGCUGUAACAAAUACUCCCAACCAUGUCUCUGCUUGUGGCUUCCCAAUAAUAUGAAAUAGUUGGGAUCUGUCUAUCCUUGUGAAUUUUAAAUUUUCGUUUGUGUUCCACAUUAAUUGUAUAAUAAUCUAUCAAGUUGGUUAG